AUGUCAUACGAUUCGUCAUCCCCACCAUCACGUUCAACAUCUUUAUCAACCUCAACUACAGUUCCACCUCCAACAUCAUCAUCAUCAAAUAAUGUUGAUGAUUCGCCAAAUUUACCAUCAAUACCAUUAUCAUCAUCAACAGCAGGAUAUGAUCCAUUUUUUUCAACAUUUGAUGAUGGUUGUUCAGCAUAUUCAACAAAUAAUAAUAAUAUAAAAAAAUCACAAUUAUCAUCAUUUGAUCCAACAAUAUAUCAAAAUUCUUUUGCAAGUCAUUUCUCUCCAACAGGUGUACCAUAUCCAUUUUAUUCUGAUGCAACAUCUUAUUUUCAAAGUCAAGCCCGUACAUAUUCGGAUUAUCUAUGUCAACCACCCUAUCGUACAUCAGGAACAAAUAAUACAAUGGCAACAAAUCCAAUAUCAACAUCGCCAACAAAUACAAAUAAUACAUCAACAAAUUCAUGGUAUCAACCAUCACAUUGUCCAGAUCCAAGAUUUGCAAUGUCACGUUUAUUAACUGGUCAAAAUCCAUCACAAUAUGAUAUGUAUCAAUCAGCGGCUGCUGCAUCUUCGAUGAUGGUUGAUCCAUUAAAAUCUGGUUAUCAUCCAUUUGCUUUUGCACCAAAACGUAAACGUCGUGUUUUAUUUUCACAACAACAAGUUAUGGAACUUGAAAAACGUUUUGAUAAAAAUCGUUAUUUAAAUGCUCAAGAUCGUGAUCAAUUAGCUCAUUCAUUAAAUUUAUCAUCAACACAAGUUAAAAUUUGGUUUCAAAAUCAUCGAUAUAAAACAAAAAAAGCAACGAAAGAAAAAGGUGGAAAUAAUUGUGCUGAUAGUGGUGAUGAACAACCACCACCAACAAAUCCUCAUCAACAUCAGUCACAAAUACAAUCGAAUAUGUUUCAUUCACAAGUACAAAUUCCAGCAGCACAUCAACGACUUCAUCAUGCACAUCAUUUACAUCAUCAUUCAUCACUACAUUUACUUAAACAUGAACCACGUUAA